UUAUCUCUAUAUAAAGGUUAAUCUCUCAGUCCGAAUCCAUUUUCAUCUGCAGAUAGCAGGUACAAUGGAGGAAGCAAUAGGUUUAAACAUUGAAGGCGUGAGGAAGAAAAUUCAUCAUGGAGGAACAGGAGAGCUGCCGAAAUUUAUCAAUGGAUCAAAGAUAACGUUUCAUUUUCGUACCUUGAAAUGUGACAGUGAUAGAACAGUGAUUGAUGACAGCAAGAAAGUUGGGGUCCCUAUGGAAAUUAUUAUUGGAAACAUGUUUAAACUGGAGGUCUGGGAAGUCUUGCUUACCACUAUGAGGAUUGGUGAAGUGGCUGAAUUCUGGUGUGAUGUCACACAUACGGGAUUAUACCCAAUUGUUGCCAAAAGUUUACGACGUAUAGCUGAAGGAAAGGACCCAACAGACUGGCACAUACACACAUGUGGGAUGGCGAACAUGUUUGCCUACCAUACUUUGGGUUAUGAAGAUCUGGAUGAGCUGCAGAAAGAGCCUCAGCCUUUAAUAUUUGUCAUUGAACUCUUGAAGGUCGAAUCACCCAGCAUGUAUAAAAGAGAGACCUGGGCCUUAAGUAAUGAUGAAAAGCUGAAAGCAGUCCCAGUUCUGCAUGGAGAAGGAAACCGACUGUUUAAACUUGGACGCUAUGACGACGCUAUCAAUAAAUACAGAGAAGCUGUUAUUUGUCUAAAAAAUAUACAGACUAAGGAAAAGCCAUGGGAGGUGCCUUGGAUGAAACUGGAAAAGAUGAUUAACACUUUGGUUCUGAACUAUUGUCAAUGCCUGCUCCGCAUGGAGGAAUUUUAUGAAGUGCUGGAACAAACAACUGACCUGAUCCAACACCACCCAGGUUUGACAAAGGCUUAUUUUCUUCGAGCUAAAGCUAACGCUGAAGUAUGGAAUGAAGUUGAAGCAAAAAAAGACUUUGAGAAAGUUGUGGAACUUGACCCAACAAUGACCCGUCAAGUCAAGAAAGAGAUAACAAAGCUGGAGGUGAGGAUGGAAGAGAAGGAGGAGGAAGAUAAACUGAAAUACAAAAAUCUCUUUUCUUAGGAUAUUUGUAGUAUCGGAAAUGAAAUGAUACUUAUACAUUUUGAAUUAAGCAAUCACAUCAGGAAAAACAUAAUUUGUAACAUAUGCAUCUAAUUGCAACUGUAAAUCUUCUAUGCAUCUAAAAUUAUUCAAGAAACUCAACAUAAUAUGGAUUUUUACUUACAGUAUUUCGGUAGUUCUGAAUGCAAGCUGGAGGUAAAGAAAGGUGAAGAAAUCUUUUAUCAACUGACAUCAAAUUGCUUUUGACUAUGACCCAAAAUGUCAGUGUUCAAUAAACUGUACAAGUGGCCCUAGAACAGCUUGUUUUAGCUUGUGGCAAACAGUAGUGCAGGCAAAUAUAUCUUGGUCUUUUGCAAGGGGCUUUUAUGAAACAUUUAGACUGGACAAAUAGUUACUUAGAUAAGUGUAAAUAUCAGUGCAAAAUUCAAUAGUUUUACGUGACCCAGUGCAACCAUUUGCCUUGCAAUAGUUGGCUCAACCAGCUGGUAGCUGGAUUGUAAUUUUCUUGGGUUAAGGCAGAGGAUCUCAGCCAGUGGUAGGCUUGCUUGGGAGGUAGUUUCAGAGGUACAUCUAAAGUUAAAAGAAACAAAAUAGUAGUUUUUGUUUUCAGCACAUAUUUAACCUGGCAGAAAAUACAUUGGAGUUGAUAUGUUAAAUCUUCCAACAGAUAUAUUAAAACGGGUCUGAAAAAAAGCAUGAUUUUGAGAUGAACAUUUGCUUAAAGCAGAGCUCCACUCAACAGGGGAAGCUCCACUUGUUUGCUUCCUCCCCCCUCCGCAGCCACAUUUGGCCCCUUUCGGGGGGACCGGGUACCUGUUUUUGACAGGUACCCGUCCCCAUUUUGUCCCCAUUUCAGGGAGACUUCGCCGUAGCGAGGUCCCCCAGAAGUUUGGCCCUCCUCCACCCUCCACCCCCGCCAGACCAUUCAGAAAGCACGUCGUGGUUUGCGCAGUAGGGAACUGGCUGUGACAAGGAAGGGUGGCAGCAACACCCGAGCGCUGAUUGAAAAAUCGGCUGGGGUGCCGACAUCGCGGGGUCCCUAGACAGGUAAGU